AUGUCGUUCCAUUUCUCUCCCUUCAACAGCCAGAGCAAUUGUUCCCACUGUCAAUCGGAAGAUGUUCGAAUCGUAUGUGAGUCACUCUAUCGAUGCCACACUUGUUCUCUCUAUUUGUGCGAUUAUCAUGGUCAAAAACAUGGUCUUUCCCAUUCCGAUCAUCAUUUGGUGAAAAAACUAAAUGACCCACGCAUGACUUUUGACAUGAGUCAUUCGGGAGCUUUUGGGGCACCAACAAUAUUCAGCACCACCACCACCACUCAACUACAACCGUCGAGUCUUUUCUUUUCAUCCACUUUUCCAUCCACUCCGUCCUCUCUAUCAUUUAAUUGGAAUACGACUAGUAGUAGUUUUGGAGCCAGCUCCACAACUAUGAUGAGUGAGAACCAACAACAUGAUACUGUUAAAAAAAAGAAUGACAAAAAGAAUGAAGUGAAAUUAAUUCUUGUGGGUGAUGGAUCUGUCGGAAAAUCCAUGUUUGUGUCAAGAUUGAGAAACAUCUCAUUCAACACAACCGAGUACAAACCAACUGUGGGAGUGGAAGUUUUUAGUGUCGAUUUUGAAACCAUUGCUCAUGGUCCAAUUCGUGUGAAUUUUUGGGAUACUGCUGGACAAGAGAAAUUUGGUGGUUUAAGAGAUGGAUAUUAUUUGUUAGGACAAUGUGCAAUAAUCAUGAACGACACUUCCUAUCCAUCCACGUUAAAAAGCGUUCCUAAUUGGCAUCGUGAUCUCACUCGAGUCUGUGACAAGAUUCCAAUUGCCUUAUGUGGAAAUAAGACAGAUGUAAUUUCAAAUGCAAGCGAAAUGGAGAGUCUUGAACAACAAACUCAAUUACUUUGUGUCAGAAAACAAUUUAAAUGUUUUAUGAUUUCAGCCAAACAAGAUCCACUCGAAAAAUUGCAACAAGUGAUUGAAAGUUUAGUUCAAGAAGUGAAAAAGGAUCCAACAGUCAAAUUUUUGAGUACUUUGAAACUUGAAAAAGAGACAGCGAUGAAACGUCAAUUGUACUUGAAAAUGCAAGAUUUUGUCCAGACAGAUGUCAAUCUAUUGACACAAAAACAAGAAAGUGAUGAAACUGCUUAA